AUGAGCGUUUUGCAGCCUUUCCCGGUGCCAUUGCCUGCUGGGGUCAGAUUUCCAGUCAAGACGUUCGCCAAAAGACAGCGGGCGGUUGUUAUGGCGCAGAGAUAUGUCCUCAUAACGGGUUGCGGUGAAGGCGGCAUUGGUGAAGCGCUGGCGAGAGAAUAUCAAAAGAAAGCCUGUACUGUUAUCACAACCGUGUUACCAUGGGAAUCGAAAGAUCACCUGAUCUCUGCCGGAAUCCAAUGCUAUGAACUCGACGUGACCGACGAUGCUUCCGUGCAAGCGCUCGAAAGGAUCGUGGACAAAGUCACUGAAGGCCGCCUUCAUGUACUCGUGAACAAUGCGUAA